AUGCCAAACAAUUCUGUAGAAAUUACAACGAUUUGUCCUGAUGUGGAAAACUCCAAAUUCAUAAUCCAAUCUCUUUCUUCGAAUGGAUCAAAAAGUAAUGAUAAUACAAAAGGUUUGCCUGCAGAUGACAUAAUAACUCCAACUCUGCCAAGAAUUAAAAUUUUGGGCACUGGUGGCACUAUUGCUGCCAAAGGUUCCAGUGGUACACAGACUGCCGGCUAUCAUGUUGAUCUAACCAUUCAAGAGUUAUUAGAUGCUAUUCCAGAUAUCUCAAAUGUUUGCGACAUUGAGUACGAACAAUUAUGCAAUGUUGAUUCAAAAGACAUCGAUGAAUCAAUUUUAUACAAAAUAUACAAAGCUGUUUCAGAAUCUUUACAAGGAUUUGAUGGUAUUGUUAUAAUCCAUGGUACUGAUACAUUGUCCGAAACUGCAUUUUUUAUUGAGAGCACUAUCGACACUGGCGAUGUUCCAAUUGUCUUUGUUGGUUCGAUGAGACCUUCCACCAGUAUUUCUGCUGAUGGUCCAAUGAAUCUAUACCAGGCAAUCUGCAUUGCUGCAAGUCCUAAAUCUAGAGGUAGAAGUGUAUUAGUAUCAUUAAAUGACCAAAUCUCAGCAGGUUACUACAUCACAAAAACCAACGCCAAUAGUUUAGACUCAUUUAAUGUAAGACAAGGUUACCUAGGGAAUUUUGUAAAUAAUGAAAUUCAUUACUACUACCCACCAGUAAAACCACAAGGAUGCCACAGAUUUAAAUUGAAAAUUGAUCUAAGUCAGCCAAACCAGACGUUUUCAUUCCCAAAAGUUUGCAUCUUGUAUUCACAUCAGUCAUUCCCGACUUCAUUAUUAGACAUGGUAGAAAAAUCCUAUGAUGGAAUAAUCAUUGCCACCAUGGGUGCAGGUUCAUUACCAGAUGCAGCCAACAACAAGGCUCUAAAGAUGAAUAUACCUGUUAUCUACUCCAAGAGAAGUAGAGAUGGUAUGAUCCCAAUUUCAAAUUUACCAAAAACUGCCGAUGGUACAUUUGGAAAUAUCAUUUCAUCAGGUUACCUGAACCCUGAAAAGAGUAGAAUUUUGUUACAAUUAUGUUUAUUUGGGAAUUAUACCAUAAGUGAGAUAAGACAGGUAUUUGGAGGAGUCUACGGUGGUUGA